ACUUCAAAAUUUGAGGCCCAUAGGGGAUGGAAAAAUAAAUAAAAUAAAAAUAAGUUGGAACAAGUUUCAGACGACACAAUCUGCUUCGACACUCCGCAGGGCGCAGCCUCCUCAGAUGACUAGUUUGAACAUGGCAGCCAAGAUAAUAUCAGCUGUAGUGGGAUCAUUUGCACUUGCCUAUGCAUGCGAUCAUUUUAUUGCUGACAAAAAAAUAUUUGGAGGUAAUACCCCAAGAACUGUUUCAAGCAAGGAAUGGUGGGAAGAAACUGACAAGAAGUUCCAGGCAUGGCCUCGCACUGCAGGUCCCCCGGUGGUCAUGAACCCCAUCAGUCGCCAGAAUUUCAUCGUCAAGUCCAGCACUGAAGCUUGAAUGUCUGUUGCUAGCCGGUGGUCUGUCAACUUGUUUUGCUUACUCUCCUUAAAUAUAGCUUCUUUAGUUCCAAACAAUGAUUGGCAUAGAUACACUUGUCAAAGGGAUUGAGAUGGUUUUGUACCGUUUAUUUGCAUUCUCGUUUUUGGACAUGAAUUGCUGCUUGAUUUGCUGCAUACUUGUUAAAUAAUAAAUGUUGAUGGAGCAAUCGUGAAAUGUUAAUGCUCAAGGUUCCUCUCA